AUGCCUCCAAUCACAGGUUCCAACAUCCUUGUAAUUGGCGGCUCGUCCGGGAUCGGAGCAGCGGUAGCCCAGCUGGCCGCCGCCGAGAGGGAUGUUCACGUCUCGAUUGCCUCGUCCAAUCUCGCCCGUGUGGAAAAUACGGUCCAAAAAAUCCAAAUGGCCGUGCCGAAUGCCCAGAUCAAGGGCUACACGGUUGAUGUCAGUGGGGAUGAUGCCGAGUCUCGACUCGAGAAACUAUUUGCGGAGGUGACGACAGCAACGGGCCGUCCCCUCGACCACAUCGUCUAUACCGCUGUUAAGCUCGAGUUCAAAUUCCUCCAUGACGUGACUAUCGAUUUUCUGCGCGGUGAUGCGCAGUUUUUGGUCUUUGUGCCACUUCUAAUCGCCAAGAUUGCCCCGCCCUUCAUGACCAAAAGCUAUCGAUCAUCCAUCACGUUCACCAGUGGUCGUAUUGCGGAAAAACCCAUGAAAGGAGCGGCUGUGCUGGCGGGCUGGGGCGCAGCCUUGUUCGGUAUUACGCGCACCCUUGCGCUAGACUUGGCCCCCAUUCGGGUCAAUCUCGUCAGUCCCGGGACGACGGACACGGAAAUCCAAGGCCCCGACGAGCAGCGCAAACAGAAGAUGGCGACCGCUGCGGAGAGAGCGCUUUUGGGGAAGGUGGGAACACCCGAGGAGGUGGGAGAGGCUUACAUCUACCUGAUGAAGGACUCAAACAACACGGGCACUUGUGUAAGUACCAGCGGGGGGACUUGA